UUGUGAAAGUAGAUGAGGCCUCUUUGGUCAUUUCCUUUUAAAACCAUACAUGCAUAUACAUACACUUGUAUGAUGGCACACAUGCAUAUGUAAUGUUACUGCGCUUUGGCAGGAAAUAACACUGAUACUGCAAAGUGGCGGCUCUUUUUAGCCCAGUGUGAUUAGAUUAGUGAAGAAGAUGGUUUCUGCUGCCACCAUUGCUGUGUUUUUGCUCUGCUGCUACUUCAGUGCUUCCUCAGGCUCUCAGGAUGAUUGUGUUUAUGCUGCGACAGGAUCAAGCUUUACUGUGCCCCUUAAACAUGAGUUGGAGGAGUCAGCUAACCUGAGAUGGUUCAAGGACAGAACCAUAAUCUUUUAUCGCAGAGGUAAAUAUGUGAUCACGGGGAAAAAUGAUUAUGUGGAUUCAACUGGAUCACUGAAGCUGACACGACUGACCAAAGACAUGUCAGGACGAUACAUCCCAGAGGUUACCAAUGCAGAUGGACUAAAUGUGGGACAUUUACCAAGUGUGCGUUUAUGUGUAUUAGACCCCGUGAAGAAGCCCAAAGUGACGAUGACGUGUAUUGAGGCACAAAAAAAUGUCAGUUUUAGUUGCAAUAUUGGUCAGAAUGACACGAUCGAAUGGUUAAUGAAUGCUAAACGGUUGGCAGAAAAAGGGAAGACGGUGAUGAGAGUAGCCAAAGACGUGGCAAAAGGCCAUUUCUCUUGCAAUGUUUCUAACAUCAUCAGCUCUGAGAUCAGUCUGCCUGUUCAACAAAACUGCUAUAAGCCUGUUUUCCCUGAUGUAUGUGACACUGACGUCUGUAUUCCAGUGCGCACUGGAGCAGGUAUUCUUCUGUUGGUGAUCCUCACUGCCAUUGUUUGCUGUACUCAUAAAAAAGCAAAAGUCAUAAAGGAUAAGGAUGAGCUUCCACUGAAACAGCAACAUCAUCAUCAUAAGCAGCUGGUUGGUAUAUAGCGUCCCGGAGCCUGACUUCUGUGCAGACUGUGGUCUGGAGGGAGACAACAGGAUAUAAUGUAAUCAUUAUUCAGACAACAAGCUGUUAAUACCUCUACUUUUUUCCUCUAGACCAGUUCUGGCAUUUUUUUUCUUUCUGUCUGAUUCAAAGAUUCCCAGGAUGUUUUUGACCUGUAUGGUGCAACAGGCAGUAUCUUUAUUGUUUCUCUGAAACCAAGCUGGGCAAAAAAUUGACCUUAUAAUGGCAGCGCAAUGGUGGGAAAGUCUUUUCACACAGAAAAGUGAAGGCCAUGGCAUAUCCAAACCAACAAGCCUGAAGACAAACAACUUGAGAAACGUUGUUUCAAUGAAUAUGGAAAAUUAGAAAAACAAAAUGAUGUUUAUUUGUUGUGGGUAGCUAACAACAGAGUAGAUUUAUUGUGGUUAUAUGUUUUGAUUUUUAAUCUACUCAUUAAAAAAGUGUUACAUCUGUGAUGCAUCAAAAGCUGUCAUGAGCACCUUUGUCAUCAGUCUUUAUUUAAUGCAUCAUCAGCAAUUCUUCAUAUAACAUAAUAUUAAUGUAUAAACAUUAUAUAGUUAUAAUACGAUCUCAGGUUAUGUGCAG